AUGUCUCAAAGCAGGGAACCUCCUAAAACAUACCAAUACUUAGAGAAACAGCGUAUAGAUCAGUUAAAACAGCUGAAGACUGACGAAGUGGGAGAUGCUGUUGCCAGAGCAAAGAAGCUCUCGGUGGAGACCAACAAAAGACGGAAGGCACAGGCCACAAAGAGAAAACUGGAGAAAGAGAGAGAAGAAAAAAGAAGACAACAGAUUUUAAUAAAACGAAGAGAGCAACAACAGGAGGCAACAGAGAAAUAUCAGCGAUCUCACAUCCCGUCACGGCCGCCAAGUGGUAGGCACUCAAGGGCAAGGAAACCGAAAUCAAGAGGAGAAAUUAAGACUGGUCAGAGGAAAUUCUGGUAUACAGAUACAGAACAGUCAAGGGUCAAUAGUUCACAGGAUAAACUGCACAACAGGAGCUUGAAGAACUUGAACAGCAGCAAAAGUUUAUUUGAGCAAAAAUUGGAACAACAGCAACAGCAGUUGAUUGAUCAGCAGAGAAGAGCUUUCAAUGAAUUCAAUGAAGAAGUUCAGAAAGAGAUUGACAAUGGAGAAUAUGUUGACAGUGAUAACGUUCACACACAUCAGAAUGUCAGAGACAUUUUCCUCAUUUGGCUCGUGACAAAAAAGAUGUGUUUACUGGCUGGUAGGAAGAGGAAGAAGAGUAAAACAUCUAACUACCUGAUAUCCCUGGAUCCUACAGAUCUGUCCAGGGGAGGCAAGGCCUAUGAAACAAAUGUCUUAGGUUUUAAAGGACCCAGAAAAAUGACCAUUAUUAUUCCUGGGAUGAAUUUGGGUCAUGAACGAGUAGACAUCAAGCCAAGAUCUGACAAUGAUGGCUUGACUGACAGGUACAAGAGAAAAAAUAUGGAGAAUAUAUUGGAACUCCACAACAAACGAUUGUAUGAAUACUGUGAAUGA